AUGCGCCCCUCCCCAUUUCAUGCCCGGAGGGCCAUCGGCUUGAAGGCCUUCUGCGGGGUCCCCCUGCGAUCGCCGUCGGCAUCGCGGCCACAGAAAUGCGCCGACUUUGAUCGCCGCGGCCAGCCGGCGCCGGUGAUUACCAUGUCCUACGUGGCCGAGCCGGCCACCCUGGACUUGAAGUCGAUAGACGGCGUCACCAAGGGGAUGGAGAAGCUGAGCCUAAAGGUGGCGGACCCGGACACUGCGAAUGGGCUGGUGCAUCGGUACAUGGUGAAAGUCCGGCGAGACAUGAGGAGGGGCACGGCGAGCACAAAGACCAGGGGCGAGGUGAGGGGCGGUGGGCGGAAGCCGUAUGCGCAGAAGAAGACGGGCAGGGCAAGGAGGGGAAGUUCGCGGUCGCCGUUGAUCGUGGGCGGCGGUGUUGUGUUUGGUCCCAAACCCAGGGACUGGAGUGUGAAGAUGAACGAAAAGGAACGCCGGCUGGCCCUUGCCACAGCACUCCAAAGUGCUGCUGACGCUGGGGACAUCAUUGUGACGGAAGACCUGACCGAACAGUUUCAGGAGUGCAAGACCAAAGCCCUAGUGUCGUCACUGCGUCAGAUAGGAGUCCCAGAGGAUAAGUACUGCUUAUUGCUCACUUUGGGUAAGCAUGACAACGUCACCAAAUCGGGUCGCAACGUGCCCUGGCUGAUGAUGAACACCACCAGGCAGAUCAACGUCUAUGAUGUACUGAAGGCGGACAAAAUUGUGAUGGAGCAGAGUGCACUCAAGCAUGUUCAGUCCUUCUAUGGUGUCUCGGAGAGUUAG